CAGCCGGCCCCCCACCCCGGCUAGCCACCCCUAUAUAUUGUUCAGCAUGACGUCAGAUGGUAUGGAAUACCCCUUUGGCCAGUUUGGGUCAGCUGUCCUGGGUCUGUCCCCUCCCAGCUCCUGCUGCAUCCCUAGCCUGCUCGCUAGCAGGACAGAGCGAGAAGCUGAAAAGUCCUUGGCUUGGUGUAAGCACUGCUCUACAACAAUUAAAACAUCAGCAUGUUAUCAGCGCUCUUCUCAUCCUAAUCCAAAACAUAGCACCCUGCCAGCUACUAGGAGGAAAAUUAACUCUGUCCUACCUGAAACCAGGACAACUGGGGCCUCCCAGGGCUGCAGUGGUCACCAUGGUGCUCUGGUGCCCACAACAGAACUGGGAUGAGUCGGCAUGGGGACUGUCACCGGGGCUCUGUGAUGCAGUAUGCUUCAGGCCAUCGACCAUGGCUAUCGGUAUAAUUCACCUCCUGUCAGUGCUGGGCCUCCUUCAGCUCACUCUCAAGGUUGGGGACCAGCCCGACAAGGUCACCCAAGACCUCAUUCAAGAACGAGAGAAGAUGCUGAGGGAGGAGAUGUCGUGGCUGCUGCAGGAGGUCAAAGAAGGAAGCGAGCUGGAGAGUGAGAACAGCACACUGUUUGUGUUCCUCGUUGCGUGCCACCACUGGCAGUUCUGGGCACUUGCUGAAAUCCUUCUCAUUCUGUUUGGGAUGUACUGGCUGCCCAGGCAGAGAAAAGCUGACGCCAAUGGUGAUUCUGACCCAUGGAGCUCAGCCAGUGAGGAUGGGGAUGUAGGAGAGGAAGAGGAUGAAAAAGCUGAGGAUGAGUUGAUGGAGGAACAGGAGGAGUGGGAAGAAGUGCACUUCAACGACCAACGUGACCCAGGCCUGCUUGUGGGUCUGCUCAGGGAGGCUGUGCUGCCAAAGCUUCUUGAGAUGGAGAACAUAAUGGAAGAGAUGGCAGGGACAAAUUCUGCGUCAGCAAACUCCCUUCAGAGAUCCACUUUCAUGAGCGAGCUGCAGGCAGAGAUGGGGUUGUUUGCAACUCUCUUUGAGAACAACCUAGCUAUUUCAUCCCUCAUUUGCUCCAAGGACCAACUUAAUGGUUCUCCUUCAAGCUUCCACUGAGGAAUACCUUCAAAAAUUAGAUGCAUAGAUGCUUAAGAAUAGUCAAAAUAGUUAAGAUUGUUUGUUAGGAGAUGUUUUCCAUAUCGAUUAGUCACCUGAAUAGAAAGAUUUGUAGUUUAUAAGGACUACCCUGCAGCUGGGUUUCAGGACUCCAGCAAACCUGUGAAUUGAACCGUCUCACCUGAUCCAGCUGAAGAUGCUGUUCCCAGGAGUCCUGCAGCAGUCUCCCAUUACCACCACCAUUACCACCCGGACAGCAGCUGCCCAUGCUGCUGGGGGAGUGGAUCCCCUCUAGAACCAUUAGUUUAAGUAAAAAGAUAAUAAAUUAUAUUGUUUGAACACUGUCCCUG